AUGUCCAGUGGCUCCUCCAGUUCUUCGACAAACGACUCAGCCCCCGAUUCAGUGACGCCCACGUCGGAAACCUUCCAAUCUCUUGCUCUGACCACUCCGUCAUCCGCCACUGCUCACAUGCCGUACUUUGGAUUCCAGACGCAGCAGUACACGAACGACUUCUCCAGGUAACCCUUCCCUCUCGCCCGAUCCUCUCUCAAUCCUUCCGUUUCCAGUUACACUCCGUCAGCCGCCACCUACGCCGCUCCUUACCCACUCGCCACUCAUUCGCAACUGGCCAACUGUAAGUUUUUGUCUCGAAUUGAGAUUUUCUCACUUUCCGUUCCUUCUUCUUCUUCUUCUUUUUCUUUUUCCUCGCUUGCUUCCCAAUAAUUACAGCCCGGUCAAUUGAGUUGCGCGCGCGUGCUUUUCGUCGCCUUCGCAACAAUUAUUUCGUAUUACUUUCUUGAGGGAGAGAGAGAGAGAGAGAAAGAGAAAGACGCCUAGAUUCGGUUUAUUAUUAUUAUAUAACACAUAUAUAAAACACUCGUUGUUCCCCCUUAUAAUUGUCCCGAGAAAAAAGAGUUUGGUGUGAUCUGGUCUGGCAGAAGAGUUACCGUAGUCUGACUUGAGUCACUUCUUUUUCCCACACCGGCUUCGCUUCCUUCCUGCAAAACAUAUAUAAUCCUUCCCUUUCCGAAUGUUUGUCUUUCAAAAAAACUCGUCCUACAGUACCACACAUUUAGCAAUGAACAAGUUUGCCAACCAACCAACCCGCGCGUUUCCUUAUUUUCCUCCUUUGUUGGACAACAAACACCUCACGGUUUGAUAGCAAUAAGGGCAAUGAAGUUGCGUCGGAAGUGACGUAACAUCAGUAAUCUACAACACCUACUUCAAACCGUGGAAGAGUUGCGUGGGAGUAGGAACGGACUACUGUAGGGGGAGGAACAUGUGACUGACUGACUGACUGACAAAACUGGUUGCCAAAUUUGAGGCAGGGUCAUUAAGGGACGAAGAAAAAAACUUCUGUAGAUAUACGGACAACCUAUUUAGUUACCGCACAACGGGGAGCCACAAACCAAUUGACGACCUGUGGUCCUCAGGUUAAUAUUUGCCCAAUAAAACAGUUAGUGCGAUUUUGUGUCGUCGUUGAGAUCGGACAAGUGUUAGCACAAACACGCAUGGUCCCUUCCCCUGUGUACUUUUACCAUUGUUUUUCGGGGACAGGAAGGAAAUGCCCAAUUGGCUGUUUCCGUUGGUUCUCCCGGAUUUUCGCGGAUCCGCAUAAGGGCAAAUAGAGUGUUCAUUUCAGUCAAUCGCUUUGGACCAACAAAUCAACUGAGUCUCUCCGGACUGGCCUCUCAGCAGAACCUCAUGAUAAAUGGCAUCGGACGACGGAAACGACGGGUGCUCUUCUCUCCGCAGCAAGUGAACGUGCUCGAGAAUAAGUUCCGUAGCAACCGAUAUCUAAGCGCCGCCGACCGGGAGUCUCUCGCUCGCAGCAUCAAUUUGACGCCGACGCAGGUACUUCGUAAUUCCAGCCAAUUAAUCUGUUUCAUCUCGCUCUUAUUCAGGUGAAAAUCUGGUUCCAAAAUCAGCGUUACAAGCACAAGAGACAGGAAAAAGAGAAGAAGAUGGACGGAGGACGGUACCCGGACACUGACAGGGACAGCGAUUCUGACGGAGGCAACGGGAGCCACGGAUCGCUUGCCUGCUCUCCAGUGCUCAUCAAGAAAGAAGACGACGACGAACGGAAGCCGGCGUACAUCGGAACGACGGUGCCAGUCGACAACACGGCAUGUCUACCUGAUAUUCCACCACAGACGUUCCCAUAUCAGGUUGGUUUUCAUUUGAAUCAUGCACUGGAGGUAAUCCAAUCGGAUUAUCCACUUGAGGAUCUUCAGCGCCAAUCCAAUUUGUCGGUGUCACCUGGCAGAUGCUGCUGGCCCACUGAUCUUUGAAGAGCCUCUUCUGCGCUCCCGCAGCUGUCCUUUCCCACUUGUGCUCAUAUUCCGUUUUCAGGUGUACCCGGCCAAUGGAUACAUGCCCCAGUUCUUUGCCUAUCCGACGCCUCCGUCCAGCUACACUCAGCAACCAUACCUUCAUCAAUUUCAGGCCCUUUAG